ACCUCAUUCUUGCAAAUUGUAACACAAAAAUUUCCUUGGAAGAAAUGUGUUAAACGAUGGCCAGCAAGAUUUCAGAGGGCACAUUUAGAAGUGCCUUUAAAGCUGUAGAUAAAGAACUUUUGCGAUGGUUUCCUGGACAUAUGGGAAAAGGAUUAAAACAAAUGCAACAGAAGCUGAGAUCGGUAGAUUGCGUUAUAGAGGUUCACGAUGCGCGUAUACCAAUAUCUGGAAGAAAUUCGGAUUUCAAGUAUACCAUAAGUGGGGUGAAGCCCCAUAUACUCGUAUUAAACAAAGUGGACAUGAUUGAUAGGUCAUACAAAAAUAAAAUUAUUAAAAAAUUAGAUCCAGAGAAUCCAAAUAUAGUAUUUACAAAUUGUAAAGAUCCUAGGUGCCCUGGCGUAAGAAAAUUAUUUCCUUUGGCCCAGGAUUUGAUUAAUAACUCUAACCGUUACAAUAGAACAAAUGAAGAAGAUUUUAAUAUCAUGAUAAUAGGCGUCCCCAAUGUGGGAAAAUCUUCCUUAAUAAAUGCAUUGAGAAUAAAAUUUUUAGGCAAAGGUAAAGCUUCACAAGUGGGAGCUGCACCUGGAAUUACUAAAAGUGUACUACAUAAGAUAAAAAUGUCGGAAAACCCAUUAAUUUAUAUGCUUGAUACACCUGGUAUACUUACACCAACUAUAGCUGAUAUUGAAACUGGAUUAAAACUUGCCCUAUGUGCCACCAUUCAAGAUCAUUUAGUAGGAGAAACAAUAAUUGCAGAUUAUUUGCUUUAUUGGUGCAAUCAUCACAAACAUUUCAAAUAUGUAGAUCAUUUUAACUUAGUCAAGCCUUGUGAUAAUAUUUUAGAAGUUUUAGUUCAUAUAAGCAAACUGUACAAUAAGAUGAUUAAGGUUCGAAAUCCAAUGAAUGAAUAUGAACUGAAACCGCAUUUACAAGUCGCGUCAGUAAUUUUCUUAAAAGCUUUUAGGGACGGCAAAUUAGGAAAAUUUGUUUUGGAUGAAGAUUUACUAUAA